CGUAAUUUAAAGUCAAUAAAAAGUCGUUUUAAAUCUCUUAUGCCAUGAAUGGAGUAAUUUUAUUUAAUUUAUAUAACCAAGAUUUAUUUUAAAAUUAAUUAUUUAAAUCAGUGAUUGAAGUGAAGUAAAUGUGGAAUUUGCGUAGGAAUGCUUGAUAUGUUUGUGAAUUUUUGUGCUUAGCAUCGCUGUGGUCGUGCUAUGUGUUUAGGAGUCUAGUACGAAUCCAACAGUAUGGAUACUGUGGAUGGUCGGGAGUCAUCAUUUAAGGAGCUUCCUACAAGAGAACUGAAAUUAAAACGUCACAAAGUGCGAAGAGAUUCUCCAACCAUUCCACCAGUUAGACUGAGACUGAAAAGCAAUACUUCACCUCUGAAUAGCGAGACGGAUACUGAUAAGUGUUUCUCAGAUAGAUCAGUGUCAUCUUCUCCAGACAGUGUAAGCCAAGACCUUUCUCCAGUUUUUGGACCUGCUAGGUAUAAAGUUUCUACCAGUAUAAACUCUUUACCGUCUUCUCCUAUUGCAAGUGAAUCCAAUAAUGAAUCAUGUGAAGCAUUACAUCUUGCUCAUCACUCUUCAGCUUUUGUGGAGCAUGAAGAUUAUGAUCAGCCAUUAGACAUGAGCAGGAAGCGCUCACAAAUUUUAUCCACGGAGUGUCAGAACUCCCAUCAGCAGCAACUGAGGCCAUCUGUGAUAACAUGUGCUUCGGCAUUACUCAGAACUCAAUGUAAUCUUUCUGACUUGGCUCAUCACAUGUGUACUGCAAAUGUGAAUGAUUGUAACAGCAACGGCAUAGAUGAUAAUCAGUGCAUAACCGAUCAUCGUAACAGUAAAAGAAUUAAUAGUGAAAUAAAAGGUGUGAGACCAGGACAUCGACGAGAGAUUGUAUCAGGUUCCUGUGAUCCUGUCAUCGAUGAACAUUUUAGACGUUCAUUAGGAAAGGAUUAUCAACAUAUAUUUUCAAAGACAUCAGGAAAUAGUGUUUCUAUUACUGUGGAUGAUCACUUUGCAAAAGCGUUAGGAGAUACAUGGCACCAACUUCAACAAUCAAAGACAGUUGCAACUGAUCCUGUAAGGACAACUCAUUCUCCAAAUUCACCGCAGCCUCAGUUUUUGCAUCAGACUCCAGAGAUUUUGUCAUAAUUUUAGAAAUAUUUAUUUAUAAACUGAUUAUGUAUUAAUAUAUUUGUUGUAGCUUUUAUGUUUCUUUUAAUACUGCUGCUGUUGGUAAAGGAACACAGAUGAGAGAAUUCCUAUUUUUUUUUAACUUUGAAUUAGGGGUAGUUUUUUAUUUGUAAUGUUGGAAGCCAUAAUUUAAAUUCUAUUAAAAAUUGCUUAUAACUAUUUUUAAGGAAAAAGUGUAUGUUAUAUACUGUUAGUGUCUUACCAUUAUGAAAACUGACUUUUUUUUUAAUUACCAUUUAUAUUCUAUAGCAUUUAUAAUAGAAGUUCUGAGACAGAUUUAUAGAACUGUUUCAAUCUCACAAUCCCAUUAGAAGUCUUUCAUUGGAUGGCAUUCCUGUAUAAGCAAUAGUUAACUAUAUCUCACAUUUAAUGUUUUAACAGCACUUCUAAGUAUUAUAAACUUCUCAAUAAUACUUUUUUAAAUCUAGAUUUUGAUCUUAACUAUGUGUGUAAUAAUAAACUGUUGGUACUCAGACCUGUUUUCUUGGUACUUCUGAGGUUUGAGAAGGUACUUGUGGUUAAAUGAAAUGCAAAUUGAGUAAUUUUCAUGUAUGAAAAUGUAUCCUUACUUUCUUGUUUUUAAUAUUUACAUUUUCCUAAGAUUUAUUUUCAGAUAUAGAUUGGUUAAAAAAAAAGUGUGGGGGGGGGAAACACUGGAAGGUAUCCAAAAAAUAUUUAAAUAGUUCAGAGCAAACAUUCUCCCUUUGUUACCAAGCUUCUUUAAAAUCUUACUUUGUACAUGCCAAAAGGUUGUCAUAUGAAUUUCUUAGAGCUGUUAAUAGCUUUUUGUUAAUGUUUUAAAUUGCAGUGCUGUAUUAAUGACUUUUAAAAUUUUUAUGUUUUUCAUUUGUCAUGACGGUUUAUAAUUUUGUCUGCAAUCCUUUAUGAGUGCAUGAUUUUUUUCUAUAGUGUUGAUGUUGCAUAUUGUUUUAAAUAUAAAUCAAAGUCUGCAUGUGUUUGUAGUACCGUGCAAUGUAGAUUUUACUGAUGUAAAAAUGUUAUUUAAGAUGAACAAAUAUGUGUUAUUAUGAGCAUAGAAUAAAUCUUACUUGUUUCUGUGCAUAUUUAAAAACAAGUUUUUGUAGAAGCAUGUUGUCAUAGUCUAGGUAACAAAAUAUAUUUUUCCUAGCCAGAUAGUUAAAAGUUAGUUUCUGAAACUGCAAAAUUUUUGCUACUGAUUAUUUUUUCUCAUGAAAUCAAAUGCGUUGCUUACAUAAUUUAAAAAUUUCGAGUGAAAUAUUGUUAUGCAAAGGGAAAGAAAGGUUGUGUAAAGCCAUACAACAGGCAUGUGCUUGUAGAAUUAAGAAAAAUUAGUAUUUUUUGUAGUUUUUUUUAGUACAAAAUAACUCAUUGUUCUGUAUUUUUUAAAAAAAUUUUUUAUUAAUAUGAGCAGAAAUCUUUCCAGUUUGCUGAUUAUAUUCACUGGUAACAAUACUGUAUGCAACUGUAAGUACAUUGGGAGUUGAAAGAUGAAGUUAAUUUUAGAUUAUUCAUUUUUUGUGGAUUUUAGUUCUUUUUUUUUAAUCUCAUUUGAUUAAAAGAAUUUUGGUUUUCUGUAUGUAAUACGUAUCUGGAUAUUGUAAAUUUUUCCCAUGCACAAAGUAUUAUUUUCCAUAUUCUUUAGGGUGAAAUUCCAUGAUAAUGAAUAUGCAUUGAAAUAUUUCUUUUCUUUAGAAAUAGUAUUUUUAUUUGAAUGAAUGUUCUGUUUUCGUGAUUCCUUAAAUUAUGCAGUUUGUUAAUGAAGCUAUACAUUUAUAAUAUAAAUUUUUUAUUGUAUUUACUAUUUUUCUCAUCUGAGGGCCCCCCCCUUUUUUUUACCAUAUAAGAAUCUGUUCACUGUAAGGAAUAUUUUAAUUUGUGUUUUAUCUUUUCAAUAGAUGUUGAUUGAUCAUAUAUUAUCAUUUAGUAUAAUAUAUAUAUAUAUAUUGCAUGUAUAAGGAUUUAAUGUUGAAUUGUUUUGUUGGUCUUUAUGUAUUAACAUUAGUAUUUUAGAAAGUAUGGCAAUCUUUUAAAGUUAGUAUUGUUUGCAUGAGGGGUUAUCAAAUUUGGGCUUGAAUAGAAAUUAUUAAGUGAUUUUUUAAGCAUUAAUGUUUUUAAAUAAGCAAUUAGGUUAUUAAAAUUCUUACCUGUACUGUAUAAUUUUAUAAUAUAUUAAAACACAAGACAAUUCGUUAUUCAUAAUUAGCAUUUCAUUGCAUGUGUGUGAUUUAUCAUUGCUAGUUAUUUUUUCAUUUUUCAGUGACCUUGGUAACUUUUUAAAAUUUAAUCUCAACAUAAACCUUUUUAGUAUAUUAAAUUUUUAUUCAUAUGGAAUCAAGUAAACAGAGUGAAGGGAUAUUAAAAAAUCAUCUAGUCAAAAAAAGUCACAAAUGAAGAAAGUUUUGAGAAAUCCUGCUUUAGGUAAUAUCUUAUAUAUGUAAGCUUCCCUUUAUUUUCUGUUUAGUGGAAUGUCGUGGCAUGCACGUUACACUGUGAAAAAUGCUUUAAAAAAUUGUCAUAGUUCAACUAUAAAGUGGUAGUCUGUAAGUUUUAGUGCCUUCUGAUAGUGUGAUAUUAAGGAAAUAUAUUGCUCUUUGCUUAACUUUAUAAAAAUUUAAUUUUAUUUAUAAUAUGUAAUAAAAUUCUCAAGAGAAUAUUGUAUUUCAAAGUAAAUUUGAAUUGCUUUAUGUAAAUUACUGAAAUAUUAAAUCUUGGAAAUGCAUUGUGUGGUAUUAUUUCUUAAUGUAAAUAUGGUAUACUUGAUAGUAUAUUGAAACUAUUAUGCUUUUUUGCUGUAUGUGCUUAUUUUGUGAUACAAAGAUACAGUGAAAAAAAGCAUUUAAAAAUAUAAAACUCAAGGCAUAAAAAUAAUAAAUGUGCAAUACUGAAUUUUUUAAAGAAGAUUUCAUAAGAAUGAAAGCAAAAGAAAUCCAUAAAGAUCUUGCAAGAUUUUGGAUAUUGAAAUUUCUGCAGAAAUUUUUGUUUAACUUGUGUGAAAAACACUUGCCUUAAAGCUAUGUAGCAACUGUAUAUAUGUAUAUAUUAUAAGAUCAUCAUUUUUUGUAAAGGUUGUCAGGUGAAAUUCCAUUCGACGUAUUUAACAAAUAUCAUAAUUUUGGUUUUGGAAAAAUUAGAUUGGCAUUCUGCUGUGUUUUAGAUGUUUGUAGUAUGUACUAGAACUGCUGUUAUUAUUUUUGGCAUUUUUAAAUAAAUAUAUAUAUAAUGAGGAGU